AUGCCAAAGGACAAGAAGAAAGAAGAAGUCACCGAGGUGGAGCAUGUCGAUCGUAACAUCACCUUGUUCUCUCAAGUUUCUCAUAUGAUCGAGGCUGAAACCAUCACUCGUCUCACUUUGAGCCACAAUAAGCUCACUGCUCUCCCAGCAAACAUUGCUGAUUUGAUCAGUCUCACAUCGUUAAACCUGUGGAACAAUCAAAUCGAAGAACUUCCAUCAUCCAUUUCUUCUCUUCCGAAACUGAAAAUCUUGAAUAUUGGAAUGAACAAGUUGACGAUUCUUCCACGUGGAUUCGGAUCAUUCCCAGUUCUGGAGAUCCUUGACUUGACCUACAACAAUUUGAGUGAGAGAUCACUCCCAGGAAAUUUCUUCUUCAUGAAAACUCUCCGUGCUUUGUAUCUGGGAGACAAUGACUUUGAAAUGCUUCCUGGAGACGUUGAAAAUCUCGAAAAUCUUCAAGUUUUGGUUCUUCGUGAGAAUGAUUUGUUGACUCUUCCAAGAGAAUUGGGAAAGCUGACUCGUCUUCGCGAGCUUCAUAUUCAAGGAAACCGUUUGGCUAUGAUUCCACCAGAGCUUGGAAAUCUGGAAUUGAUUGGUUCAAAGCUAGUUCUUCGAUUGGAACAUAAUCCGUUCAUUCCAAGACUUCAGGAACAAUUCGACGCAAACGGUGCCGCUGGAGUCUGGUCCCAUAUCAGAACUGACGACUACAGAUACUUCUUCGGACGUCAAGAACCAUCGUCCACUCCAGUUCCACCAAAGAGAAAUAAGGAGAAGAAGGUGUCGAGAAAGGGAAUUCAACAAGCCUAA